CGGCGCCUGCUGUUCAACGUCACUCGAGUGUAAUGUGUAUCUAUAGGUUCCUUCUGUUUUGAAACCCAAGCAAGCUUCGUGAUUUAUUUCUUGUGCACAUUUAAGAAGUUUCAUAGUUAUUUGUAGUGCUAAUCACGAAAAUUUAAGAAGAUGGAAAAGAGAGUCGCUUUGGAACUACGAGGAAGGAGCCCUUCGCAGAUAAAAGAACUAAACUUGGACAACUGCAGGAGCACGAACAUCGUUGGACUCACAGAUGAAUACAUAAAUCUGGAAGUGCUCAGUCUAAAUAACGCAGGCCUUACAACCCUCAAAGGCUUUCCUACAUUGCCCAAGCUCAGAAAACUAGAGCUUUCAGACAACAGAAUAUCCAAUGGGCUUAAUUUUCUCAACGGUUGCAAGAAAUUAACACACCUCAACCUUUCCGGAAACAAGAUAAAGGAUUUGGAGACAUUGCAACCUCUAGAGGAGUUUGAGAAUCUAAAGAAUCUAGAUCUCUUCAAUAAUGAUGUUACCAAUAUUGAAGACUACAGAAGUAAGGUGUUUGCGCUGCAUCCAUCACUGAAAUAUUUAGAUGGAUUUGACAAAGAUGAUGUAGAAGCAGAGGACAGUGAUGUGGAGGAGGAAGAUGAGAUGAACGGAAACAAUGAUAGUGAAGAAGAAGGUUCAGAUGUAGAUGAGGAAGAUGACGAUCUUUCUCUUAGUGCAGUCUAUAACGCUAAUUUAGAGGAGGAGAGUUCAGCGAGUUCAGUGUACGAGGGCUCCGAUGUGGAGGAGGAGGAGGACGAUUAUGAUGAUGAAGGUGAUGAAGACGGUGAGAAUGACGCUGACAAAGAGCCCAACUCCAAAGCACAAGGUGGCGAAGAGAACGACCAUCCCGAAGAGAGUACUCGGGGUAAAAAGCGAAAACACGAAGACGAGGACGAGAAUUGAUUGUUUGUUGCCUUAAGCGGAGUCAUCUUACUAGUUCGUAAGUGUACAGAGCUCCGAUGCAUCGGACAAUAAACCAUUCCUCGGCCGAUUGCGGGCGGCCUCCGAGCGUGACUUUGUUCUGUUAUUAUAUGUGUUAAAACCUACUUCUGAUUUUUUAUUUUACGCUGUAAAAAUCUAUUAGAAAUUUGAGCGUCUUUAACACCAAUAAAAUCUUAACUUUGUUGCACAAAAUACAAUGUUCAAAUUACAUUUAUCCAUAAUUGUGAGAAACCAAACGAAUGUGUCGGGUCACGCUUUUCGCCCGUUCUCCGGCAGAGGUCGAACACGGUACAUUGAAUAUCACCUGUAGUUGUCAUUCGUGAGAUUGUUCCAUCUAAUGAGGCUCUGUCUUGUUACCCGCGUGGACUUUUAACCGUUGAUGGAAUAUUUUAUCAUCAUAAAUCAUGUGAUGUCUGUUGUGUCACAUUUGGAGUUUGUUGUCCGACAAGUUGAUGUUUCGAUUGAAUUGUUUAUGUAAUAAUUUUUUAUUCUAUUGACAUGCUUAAUUUUAGUCUAAUCAUUGAAAUGAAAGUGCAUGAUUUUAGAAUUAAAUAGCUCUCAAAAUCUACAAUUUAAAUGUUAACAUAGAAUUAAGUAAAUAAACUUGGAUAAAUUAAAAUAUAUGAUGUGCCCUCAUUCCUUUAAUUACAAAAUUCCGAUGUGGGGAUUUCCGCCUGUAUAUUCAGUAGACAUUGUGAUCAUAAACAUAUUGUUUCUAUGAAAAAAUAUUCCCAUUUUCUAUAAAGUUGUAAAAUUCUAGUGAAUUUGUUGGUUUAUUUUUUGUUGAUUCUAAUGCGACAAAAAUGUCUCAUAAUACAAAAUACAUUUUGUCAAUUACCUAGUAUAUUGACAAACAAAAAUAAUGUAAGUUUCUUUUUUACAAAAUACGAUAAUGAUGUAUAAAAUGAGAUUUUAGGCAAACAACAUGAUACAGAACCCACAUUGAAAUGGGUUUUGUGUGCCAGUAAAUUUGUAAUCUCACUAAUGAUAACGAUGCUCAUCAGUUUACAUAGAAACACCAACGGGCGUAGAUAAUAAUUAAUAAAAUCAUAUUUAGACUAAAUUGUCGAACAUCUGAUGAGUUCAGAGAAUAUUUUUCUACACUAUUUUUUAAAUCUUAAAAGAGCAAUUUAUGCACGUAUGUAUAAUAUCAAUGAUAAUUUAUGAAAUGUUUGGUUGAUGCAUCAUGGUGAAAGUGCCAGAUAUGUUGAAGAGAAUUUUAGUUAAUAAUUUUAUUGUAUUAUGUAAGUCAUUAAGUUUAAGUAAUUUACAACUUGGCCUGUUGAUAUAUAUUAUAUAAUCCUAUUAAGACUUUAUUUCUGGGAUUGUAAAAUAAAAGAUAAAUACAA